AUGCCCUACAACCGAUGGCUCCGCCCCACAGCUUGUCCCAGGCCCCGCCCCUUUCCAUCUGAGGGGCGGCGGGAGGGGGCCUGGAGCAAGAUGGUGGUGAACCAGAGCCACACCGAGAACCGCCGUGGGGCCAUCAUUCCUGUUGGUGAAAGUGUCUUGAAGCAGAGUCCAGAUGUGGAACUCUCCUUCCCACAGCAUCCACAGAACUCCAACCUCUUUAGUGGUGUAAAGAGGGGAACGUUGUUUCUUAGUUCAUACCGGGUGAUUUUCGUGACUUCACGCUCAGUUAGUGAUCCCAUGUUGUCCUUUAUGAUGCCGUUGAUGAAGAACUGCACUGUUGAACAACCACUCUUUAAUGCCAACUACAUUCAAGGGACUGUUCAUGCAGCUCCAGAUGGUGGCUGGGAAGGACAGGCUACUUUUAAAUUAGUCUUCAAAAAAGGAGGUGCCAUCGAAUUUGCUGAGUUGCUGAUACAAGCUGCCGCUGCUGCUGCCCGGGGAACUCCACUUCGAAUUAUGAAUUACUGGAUCUCCACUCCAAGAAUUUAUGUUAUUACUGGAGAGGGAAACAUCUGCACUCAACAGACACCUUGUCAAGGCUGCCAUGAGGAUAUGGAGCUCCCCCUCCAGGAUAUGGAGCCCCCCCUCCAGGAUAUGGAGCCCUUCCUCCAGGAUAUGGAGCCCUCCCUCCAGGAUAUGGAGCCCCCCCUCCAGGAUAUGGAGUCCCACCUCCUGGAUAUGGAGUCCCACCUCCUGGAUAUGAAGACCCAUCUUCGAGAAGCUCAAGACCUGUAG